AUGGAGGAGUCCAUUUCUUUGGCCGACUCAGUGAACGUUGACAAGCUUCUGAAUCAGUUGGAGUGUCCAGUUUGUUAUCAAUAUUGUACUCCGCCCGUUUUUCAAUGCAAAAAUGGGCAUCUGCUGUGUAAUUGUUGCUUAGAGAAUGUGCGAAAUUGUCCAUUAUGCAGACAACCUCAUGGUGAGUAGAGUUCUAAUUGGUUUUUGGGAUUUUUUUGAUGUUAUCCUUGGGAUUAAAAGAAAAUUCUUUUUUUUUAGGUGUGAAUCGAGCCUUAGCCUUGGAAAAGAUGAUCGAUAUGUUCCAGUUUCCUUGCGAGUACAGAUCCAGAGGUUGUGGAGCCGUAAUGAAGUUGAAUGAAAAAAUUAUUCACGAUGAAACUUGUCCGUAUAUUAAUGUAGAAGAUCUUGGAGAAACUUCGAAGAAACUGAUAGAAGAAGAUGAAAAUGGUAAGAUUUUUUCUCUAAAUAUAUUCUCUGAUGUUUAGACAAUGUUCCGCUGAAGUUGCUCUUCCGUCGACAGCCUGGUAAGGUGCCAGUGGUCUUUUUGCCUUAUUUCGCCGAGAAGAAUAUGGCUCAAAUCAAACCAAACAAGUUUCUAAUCGAUGAACGACAUCCAGUCUCAUACUUGUAUGCCAUUGUGAGAUCACGGCUGAAGUUGAAAAAGAACGAAGCCAUCUUCUUGAUGGUUGGAGGCACGAAUUUGGUCUUACAAUCAAUUCCAAUCAGCUCCUUGUAUACUACAAUGAAGGCGGCGAAUGGUGUUUUAUACGUGACCUACUGCUCUCAGCCGACUUUUGGAUGA